AUUGCACUGGCAGCAACUGUGCUGCAGGAAUCUCACCGUUAAAUGGACUGUGAAAAUGGAUCUACAGGAAAACGUCCCUAGCCAGCUGCAGAACCCUGGACCAGCAGUCAAGAAUGUGCUUGUGUCUUUAUACUUAGAUGGGACAGAGAAAUGCAAAAAAGUUUUUUCAGUUUCCAGUGCUUUCGCGCUUUUACAAGCCUGUCACUCUGAGUUUUCUCACCCAGUGGAAUUACAUAGACUUCUACACUACAACAGUGACUUCAAAGACUACAUUGACUGUGACAGUAGCAUAGAUUUUAAGGAUUAUGACAGAUUCCAAGUAUGGGUUUCGACUGUGGUCCAUUUGGAUUUGGUGGAGUGUGUAGCACCACACACUGAGAGUGAAAAUGAAGAUCGGACUGCUGCUUCACUCAAGUCUCUUCUUGAAAAGAAGGCUCAGGACAUCCUUAAAGAAUAUGAGCAGACUGGAACACUAUCCACCAGUACCAGAAGAAAGCUUGUGAACAUAAGUGUCAGUGACCUAGUCGAGAAACAUGGAUUUUAUCCCUCUGGACCAGAGAAACUGCGUUUGGCAAAAUCAUUGACAACGCUCUUCCCGUCGCUCAAAGUGAUGGUCUGUGGAGAUGGUGAAGGAUUUGAACAUUUCUAUGAUCCUUUGUCACAUACAGGAUUUCUAGAAAUGAGGCUACGGAAUGUCCGACGAAACCUAGAAGAGGGCCAGCGACGCUACCACAAGAGAAAAUUUGGAUGUAAUUCUGCAUUGGCUCAACCAUCUACCCUGCAGCCAUCUACAGUGCAGCCAUUAGAUGAUGAAGACCUUAGUGAAUGGAUGUCGAUCAUCAAAAGGAUGAAACCAUCAUCAGAGAACAUGGCACCAAUAAAGACAGCAAUGGAAAAAACGUUCAGCCAUCGCCGAAAUUGGAUCAACACCAAGUCUCCAACUGUUGCAGACAUUGUCCAAAAAAUGACAAGAACAAGCCCAGUGUCAUCCUAA